AUGUCUUCACGAUUGGGUUUGAUUCCAGAAGCAGCAGCCUGCCUCACCCAAGCCCCGCCACUCCCAUCGCAUCACAAGCCCAUGGUGGUUUCAGCUACCAGCAAAGUACACACCACGCCACUCAGGUCGCUUCGCCCUUCCGAAACGAAAGUCGCACAGGCGAAUGACCAGCGUGCACUGCACAGAUCCCGUUCCUGGCCUCACCGCUUGAGGCUGUCCCAGAGUCGGACAACGAGGAAGAGAGACCAUUGCUUACGUUUUCCCUCCCUAGGGUUUUGCACGACCACAUCUACAACUACGCUCAGCACCGACCGACCUCGCACCCUUAGACCACGAGCAUCAAGCCUUCUCCCCUGGUCCGAACCCGGGGACGCGCAUCAUGGUGGAGGUGCAGGAUAUGGAUGGGGUGUCGUCGCUUGGUUGUUUGUGUUCCCCUCGUCUGUGCUCCUGACCUCGGUGACGAUGGACGACGUCUCUUCGCAUCUGGUCAAGGCGGCCUGGUGGGUGUUUUUUUACCACUCGUCUCUACCCGCGACACGUCAAGCCUGCAUUGCCUGGCUCAAAAAGCACGUUCGCAAUGCCUACUCACUCGAAACGAGCAGAUGGAAUCUGAAUUACACAACUCCUCAAUCACAGCACAGUAAGCACGGUGGGACUAUGGUCAAGCUUUGCAGUGGGUCGGCGAGACUGUUGCGGCAAUGGUUCCCCAGGCCACAACCCCUUCCAGGCUUGAACGUUGAAAAUGUUGAACUUUGGCAUGGUGAGCAAACGGGCAAGGGGCGCCUUAUGAACCUCGAUGUGGACGACUUGGGCCGGAUAUUCUCGUUCGGUGUCUUCGCCCUGCGCGACCUCCGAUCGGGGCCGGAGGUUGUGCUUGACUGGGAAUGGGACAGUGGGAGCAAGAUGCCCAGCCUGCCCCACGUCCUCGUCGAAUUCAUGUUUGCUGGAUUCUACCUCAACUCCAACUUCGAGUUGACAUAUCACCCUCGGGCCCCAUCCACUCACCUGGCAACACAUUCAACACCUGCGGCUCCAAAUAACGAACAUCCUGCACACACUGUCAUCCACCUUCACUACCUGCCGGCUGAUGCAGAUGGCUGUGUUUACCACUGGCCAGGACGAGAAAAGGAGAAGGCUAUUGAGAGCGAUGAGGAUGUGGAGACGCUGGGUGGGACGAUGACCUUAGAGCAAGGUCGACUUUGGUUACCCCCAACUCGCACCACCAACGUUAAAGUUUUCCUCAAAAUGUCAGCACACGUCAUCGACACCUGUGGGGCGAGGUCAAUUCAACCACAGGCUCGGCCCGAGGACAUCGAAAAGCCCUGGGGUCGGGCAUGA